GUGGCCGCAGAGAGGAAGAAGCAGACUGUUGCUGAGCAAGUGAUGAUAGACCACUUAUCUAGGGCUGUAAUCAGUGAUCCAGAACAAAAUUUAACCAAUGAGAAACAAAGUGCUUGUAUCCUUCCAGAUCCAAAGAUGGCAUUUCUUCGGUUUAGGAAAAGAACAUUACAUGAAACAAAAACUGCUUCUGAGGAACCUGCAGAUGAUGUAACUAGUCAAGAAGCCAAUGAUAGGCUGGUCUUCAAGGCCAUUCAAGAUGCACUAAAAGUAAAACUACAUAAAAGAGGUGUUCGUAUUUUGACUGGACUGGGAAAAUACUUUCAACAAUUGGACAAAGAAGGAAAUGGACUUUUAGAUAAGGCAGAUUUUAAGCAAGCUCUAAAAUUAUUUCACUUAGAAGUGUCUGAAAAGGAUUUUGAGUCCUCAUGGCUAAUUCUGAAUGGCAAUGGCAGUAACAAAGUUGAUUAUGGAGAAUUCAAACGUGCCAUUAUUGGUGAAAUGAAUGAAUAUAGAAAAUCAUUUGUUCGAAAGGCAUUUAUGAAACUGGAUUACAACAAAACUGGCAGUGUGCCUAUUGUAGAUAUAAGAAAAUGUUACUGUGCAAAGAAGCACCCUCAAGUAAUUUCAGGUCAUUCCACAGAGGAAGAAAUCAAAUCAUCUUUUCUAGAAACAUUAAAAGAUGCCUGCAGCAAGUCCGAUGAAGUGUCAUACUGUGAAUUUGAAGAUUACUAUGAAGGUCUAAGUAUAGGGAUAGUAGAUGAUGAAGAUUUUGUUAAUAUCAUACGUAUUCCGUGGGGGAUUUAG